AUGGCCUCGCAACAGACCCUCAAACCUCAAUUCUUUGUCACCCGUCAGAAUGGCAACAUGGUCCCACUGAUUGCCAUGGACGAGCUGCCCAUUCAUGUCCAGAUUGAGGGUGUUUCUCGCAGUCUCGGUCCCCACGACAUCGCUGGCAUGAUCGGUAUUGGCACCUACGAAGCCCGUCACGAGUUCCAUGUUGUGCGAAGCAUGAACAACACCACACCAAUCCCUUUUUAUCCCGUUCACGGUUCUCAAACUCCAAACUCGAACGCUUCACCGCAAAAUUCCACCGUCACGACUCCAUUGUUGUGUCCAACCACUCUCUCAACUCCCACCCCACCCAAAGCAACCGACGUCAAGGGAAAUCAACCCAGCGCAACAUCUAGCAACGCUGUCUCAUCUUCCACCGUCUCAAUCGAAGAGGAAAACAAGUCUUCUCGACCUACAUCCCCUCCCGCCAGUCCUAGUCCUCGUCCCAAAGUCCAGUUUCCUACGACAACCACCACGACUCCCACUCUCGCUCCUCUCGCAUGGCGAAACAAGGCUGCGCCCAUUCCCGCAAGCACACCCAACCCUCCUGCCGACCCAGACCCAGAGAUGCCUCCGCCUGGUCAGAAAAUCUACUGCUCGUACUGGCUGCGCAACGGCGAGUGCAACUUCGCGCAGCAAGGGUGCAUGUACAAGCACGUAAUGCCGCUCAACCUGCAGGUGCUCGAGGUACUUGGCUUCCGCGACCUCCCGGACUGGUACCGCAAGACGUACAAGUGCGGCAGCCUGCGCGUCAAUGGCGGGCGCAACGGGCUCAGCUACGGCAUCCUCGACGGCAACGUCAAGCCCGCCAACAAGAAGCGCGUCGGUCCCGAUACGGAAGCCACCAAACGCAUGGUUGCGUCCCACAUCAACGCCGUGCCCACGCCAGGCAGCAACGGUAGAGGAGGCGGCGGCCGAGGACAUUACCGCGGCGGCAACAACAACCACCACCACCACCGUGGUCACUCCGGGUCCGCCCUCCAGCAACCCACCGCGGCCAAGGUCGACAGGGAUCCCUUCAGUGAGAAGAUGCGGCGCGAUGCGCGCCUGAGGGCCGCCUUCGACGCCGACCUCAACAGCGAGAUCAGCGACAUGAUGAUGGAUCCGGAGAUGGAGCGAAUCCGCGAGCAGGAGCAGGCCGGCUGGGAGGAGGAGCAGGCUGCCGCGAGAAAAGCCGCUGCCGCCGCCGUCGCCGUCGACGCCGACAAGACGACCGCCGAGAGCACCGAUGCUGCUCGGAGCGCCAGCAAGGAGUUCGACGCUGCCAUGGCUGCUGUCCGUGCUGCUCCUAUUAUUGCUCCUACUCUUCCUCCUGGUCAUGCUGUUCCUGCUGCUGCUCCUUCCAGCCCUGCAAGACCUGCUCCCGCUGCAACUACUCCUAGCCCUGCAAGUUCAGCUGGCAAAGACGGGAAGAAACAUGGCCGUGGUGGUUCCGGUGGCGGCAAAUAUUCACCCCGUGGGAAGAAGGCCCAGGCCCAGCCUCAGGCCCAUGGCCAAGGGCAGAAGAGAGCUUAA